UAGACGGACGAGGGAGUAGAGGCGCCGUCAUGGAGAAACAGAGCAGAUUCAAGGAGGAAAUGCCGACAUCGAAGGAGGAGAAGCGCAAAGAGAAGAAGCCCAAAUCCGGGAAGCUUUUCCGAAAGAAAUCGCUGAAGUCUGUGGGGAGCUUUAUGAACAGAAUCAUCAAAACUUUGGGCACUUUCACCCACUUUGGAGACGCUGACGCGCGUGACGCGGAGGACGACGACGGGGGGUUUCGGAACGGCGCACCUUGCACCCUCAGCGCGAGCGCGGCGGUCAUCAGGGAGGACGCACAGGUGUGCUGGGACCGCGCGGUGAAAAACACGUCGAGCACGUCUUCCUCCCUGUGCGCCGGCAGAGAGAAGCUCCUCUGCCACUACGGAGACAAAGUCCCCGGCGUGCUGGGGCUGAAGAACCACGGGAACACCUGCUUCAUGAACGCCGUGGUCCAGUGCUUGAGCAACACGGACCUGCUCGCCGAGUACCUGGGCCUGGAGCGGUACAAGCUGGACCUGAAUCCGACCAGAUUAAACGGGGUGGUGAGGUGCGACGAGCCGCGGUUCGCCAAGGGAGAAGUCACGGAGCAGCUGGCAUCGCUUGUCAGGGCUCUGUGGACUCUGGAGUAUACCCCGCAGCUGUCUGUGGACUUCAAGACUAUAGUGUCCAAGUAUGGAUCACAGUUUCGUGGCAACUCCCAACACGACGCCCUGGAGUUCCUCCUGUGGCUGCUGGACCGCGUCCAUGAAGACGUCAACCUGGCCUCCCACAACAACAACAACAAGGCCAAAGGUCCCGGGAAGGGCCCCGGUGGAGCUGAGGAGGUGCCGUCUCCUGACCUGUCCCAGUCCCAGCAGCCCGGAGUCCAUCACAGCUUCGUCCAGGAGCAUUUCCAGGCACAGUACAAAUCUUCACUGACUUGCCCCCACUGCCUGAAACAGAGCAACACCUUUGACCCGUUCCUCUGCAUCUCACUCCCCAUUCCUCUUCGCCAGACCAGGCCGCUGUGUGUGAUUCUGGUGUUCAGCACCAAAGGACAGAGGUACCUGCGGGUCGGGCUGGCUGUGCCUCUGUUUGGCUCCGUGGCCUGCCUGAGGAGGAUGGUGGCUGAUGAGGGGAAGCUUUCCCCAGACCAGGUGAUCCUGACAGAGGUUUACUCCACAGGCUUCCAGCGCUCCUUCUUUGAUGAGGAGGAUCUGACCAGCAUAGCUGAGAAUGAUGUCAUCUACGCCUUCCAGGCUCCACCCCUCUACAUCAGAGGAGGCUCUGCACGGAUCUCAGGUUACCAUCACAGCCUCCCAUCGUCCCCGUACUCCACUGGUCCGGAGGGUCAGAGGUUACCUUCGUCCGGCACGUUGUCGUCAGAGUUCCUCAACCAGGGCGUCCCUGUCAAGAUUCUGCUGUUGGUGUGCAACGCUGGAGGGGCAGGCCAACACGCUGUUAGGUUUGGACCUCCAUUCCUAAUGAGGGAGGACCGGUCUAUUUCCUGGGACCAGCUGCAGCAGAGCAUCCUCAGCAAGCUUUAUUACCUGAUGAUCAACGGAGCUCAGGCUCAGAACACAAGAGUGCUGUUCAACAUCCGCGUGGUGGGAGGAUCAGCAUUUUACAGCUACCUGUCGCCUCAGGACGGGCGGCCGCUCUACCACCCUGCCGUCGACAGAGCUCUGAAGCUCUGCGGCUCCGGAGGACCUCCACACGUGAAGCUCAUCAUCGAGUGGGAGCACAGAAUCAAAGACUGCCUGUUUGGGAACAUUCAGGAGGAGGUGGUGAAGGAUGCAGAGAGCGUGAGGAAUCAGCAGCAGCAGCAUGUCCAGCAGUACAGCUGCACCUUGGAUGAGUGUUUCCAGCUCUACACCAAAGAGGAACAGCUUGCCCCAGAUGAUGCCUGGAAGUGCCCCCACUGCAAGCAGCUGCAGCAGGGCAUGGUGAAGAUGAGCCUGUGGACGCUCCCGGACAUCCUCAUCCUCCACCUGAAGCGCUUCAGGCAGGUGGGAGAGCGGAGGAACAAGCUCACCACGUUCGUGCACUUCCCCUUGGCGGGCCUGGACAUGGCGCCUCACAUGGUGAACCGCAGCCACGGCACCCACCCGCCCCCUCUCCAGCCCGGCUGGAAACAACCCCGGCGACCUGACCUGGUUCCUCCCGACUUCCUGUACGAUCUGUACGCUGUGUGCAACCACCAUGGAGGAAUGCACGGAGGACAUUACACAGCCUUCUGCAGGAACUCAGUGGACGGCCAGUGGUACAGUUACGAUGACAGCAGUGCUGAGCCGGUUCCAGAGGCGGAGGUGUGCACACGUGGAGCCUACAUCCUCUUCUAUCAGAGGAGAAACACCAUCCCCCCCUGGUCUGCCAGUUCCUCAGUCACCGGUUCCACCAGCUCAUCCGCCUCUGACCACUGGCUGGUCCGGCUGGCGGGGGGCAGUAAGAGGGGCAGCGUGUCAGGGGGACCCAUCCCUGGACCUCCAGGUCCCACACAGGCCCCGGAGUCUCCUGAGCUGCCAGUGUUUGGAGACGAACCCCCCAAAACACUAGAAACAAAUGGGUUUGAAUCCAAGCCGUUUGUUCGUGGGACUCAAGGCAGGAGUGUAAGCAUGCGAUCACCGACUAAGCCCAAGGACUCUCUGAGUAAAGUUCUGCCACUGCGGUGGUCUUUUGCCUCCAAGGACCGCAUUAAACACCCAGCCCAGACCCAGCCUGGAGAGCUGGUGGAGUACCUAGAGUCUGGGCGCCGGCCACGAUGUACCAAAGACCCUAUCGUAACACUGGUGGCCACCCCACCGCAAAGGAACGCCCAGGGAAGAGCCUUUGACGUAGGACAUGACUGCAGCUCGCCGAGCGGUAGCAGUCUUAGCUGUACAGACAGACCCAGCUCCGACACUUGUUACUCCCCCAAAAUUCCAGCGGGGCAGAGCAGACCUUGUGUGGAGCGAAACAUCAGCCAUGCAGUCUGUAACAGCAGCAAUGUCAAAGCCAGGGAUUAUGGUUCUCUGAGGCAGAGGUCAUCUAAGAGAGCAAGGCAGGACCAGGGCAGGACCCUGGACCUGCAGUUUCAGCUUCAGAGAGGGGCCUUUCUAGUGGGUCAUAUCAGCCACAGUGCACCCCCAAGCAGAGAUUCCACAUUGAGAAGGACCAAGGUCCAGGCAGGAGUGACCUCCAGGGCACAGAAAGACUUGCUACAGAUGGUCAUUCAAGCUGAGGACAGGAGGGGCCAGAGGGGACAGGAGGGCCGCAGCCACGACAGCCUCUUGUCCUUUUUCAAACCUGGUUUCAUGAAGAAGGACAUUCCUGGGUCACCAAUCAAGGGGCAAGACAGCAGGCGCAUGAAUGGCCACGGGCAACUGGGAAAGCUGGCAAGCAGUGAUUUAGCCAAACUGUCGCUCUCCAACGGAACGCUGACCACAGCGGCCCUCGAAGACCGGAAGGCCAGCGUCAUCCCGAGCUGCAACGCCCAGAACUGCAAAGUCCUGCUAUUGAACGGGAAGGCUGGGAAUCACGACCCGGUAGACAUUAAGCGCGCUCACAGCUCCAGUAACAUCCAGACCAAGCUGGAUCUGACGUUUCGCAGGUGUGCCUCCCUGCAGAGGAACGGCGAAGUGGUGGCCCCUCCAGCCCACCGCAUCCUGCUGUCAGACAAGCCCGGCUACGCCACUCUGCAGCGGACUCGAUAUAGUACCACCUCCCUGGUGCCUCUGUGACAGCCCAGAAUGACUGUUGAACACUAGGACCUCUCUGCUGAUUUCUACACACGGCACCCAGGGAAGCUCCCAGCAAGAGGCAUCGCCGGAAAGAGAGUCUAUCUUCUCGCUCCUCAUCAUAGUACUGUUAUAAGUUCUUACCUGUGUGUGUCUUAAACUAAAUCUAUGCAGAGUUGGAUUAGCUGAAGAGAAAUACUGCUGUAAUGUGUUCUAUUCUCCUCUUCUUUUUAUUUCAGAGCAGCCCACUGGUAAUACCUUAAUUUUUGAGUUUCUGGUCAAUAUUUGAAAAGCUGAGGGUGAUUCGGUGAAUUUGCACGUUUUUAGCCAAUUGUACUCUUCAUCUGCUCAGAGGGUCGGAAAUCAACGUGUCUGGUUAAAGUCGUCUGCACCGGAGCCCAUUCAGCUUCUAUAAUUUGAAGAUAAUGGGCCAACACAUGUAAAACUGUUAGACGCUGCAAGAAGCACUAACACCUGCACUGUACAUUGGCUGCUACAACAACAUACAUCAUUUGCUUUGUCUUUUACUCUCAUGGUCAUGUUACAUUGCCAACGCACUCUUUGAAACAAGACACAUAUUUUGCUACCUGACAUUUCUAAUGUAGGGAAAUUAUUGGCAAAGCGUGGGGUUUUACCUCCGUGUUUCAGGUAAAUUAAUGAUCAACUUGUAACCAACAGAUUUUUAGAAUUGUGACAUCUCUUUUUCCUGCAGCCUUUGUCAGGGUUGAUGAGGAACUGUUCUCGCUGUAUCAGAAAACAGCUGCUGUUAUUGUUCUGACGAAAAAGAAAAACAUCUAUGAAGCACCCCUAAAGCUGGCAGAGCAAUAAAAGAGAGCUUUUGUAUUUCCACCUCGGCUGAGGGAGAAUGUGAAUUGACCAUAUAUCUCUCUCACUUAUUAUCAGACUUGCUGAUAAUAUGCUAAAGCAAAGCUCAGUUUGAAACCUUUUCCUCAUCUGGGAUUGAACAGAGGAUUCACACUUUGCACACGCACACACACACACGUACACAAUCCUUCUGUCUCUGCAGCGACAGGGAUGUUAUGAGUCCUAACGGUAAUCAUGCUGUCAUAUUCACAUAAACUGUAAUAACGUCGCCACCACAGAUGCUGAAGCAGUUCAUGCUCCUGCUGCCAGUUUAACGUCUAUUUAAUUCACAGUCUUCAGCCAUAUUCACAGUUUCUGUAUCUGCACAACGCUCUUUUGUUUACUUCUGCAUUGUAAAUUUGUCACUGGGGUGUACUGGGGGGUGUCAAAGUGAGUCUGGAUUGUUUGCCGACACUGUAACUGUUCACGUUUCACGUUGCGUCAUUUAACAUCGCUGUUUAACAACACUCUUUACCAAAAUGACAUGAUAGGAAAUGGAGGAUGUUUCUCAGACGUUAUUUGGGAAGUAUGGCUAGAUUAUAUUUUAUUAACUUUUUUAAAAGUCUACAUUUUGUACCUGAUGUGUAAUUAUGUAAUUUAAGUACCAGAUUAAAACUUUAUGUUUCAGGUUACUGUAUAAAGUCAGAUUAAUACAGACUGUAAGUGGGGUUGAAUUGGACACGACACACAGAAGUCCCUGUACUGGACUGUCUAUAAUGUCUGCUUAAUGUACUGCAAGUUUUAUGGA